ACGGACCCUCCGCGAAGGCGCGGCCCGCAGCUCCGGGCUCCCGCGGACCCUUCCGCCGCAGGUUGCUUUCAGCUAUGUAAUGUUUUCCGAUCCCAUGAAAUGGAAAUUGACCAGUGCUUGCUGGAGACCCUUCCCCUUGGCCAAAGGCAGCGGCUGGUGAAACGCAUGCGCUGUGAACAAAUCAAAGCCUACUAUGAAAGAGAGAAGGCUUUUCAGAAGCAGGAAGGAGUCCUGAAAAAACUGAAGCAUGGCAAGAACCAGAAAGUGCAUUUUAACCUUGCUGACAUGAUUCAGGAUGCAAUUAUCCACCAUGAUGACAAAGAAGCGCUUCGGCUGUUGAAGGAGGGGGUGGACCCCCACACUCCCGUUUCCUCAGGAGGGUCCUUGCUCCAUCUGUGUGCUCGUUAUGAUAACGCCUUCAUUGCAGAGAUCCUCAUUGACAAAGGGGUCAAUGUCAAUCACCAGGAUGAAGACUUUUGGACGCCAAUGCACAUUGCCUGUGCAUGUGAUAAUCCUGAUAUUGUCCUGCUCCUCGUAUUAGCUGGAGCCAAUGUCCUUCUCCAGGAUGUUAAUGGAAACAUACCAUUGGAUUAUGCUGUAGAAGGGACAGAAUCAAGCUAUGUUCUAUUGACCUAUCUGGAUGAAAAGGGGGUGGAUCUGACCUCCCUGCGCCAGAUGAAGCUUCAGAGACCCAUGAGUAUGUUAACCGAUGUCAAACACUUCUUAUCAUGUGGAGGGAAUGUUAACGAGAAAAAUGAUGAAGGAGUAACACUGGUUUUUAUUGAUUGCGCCAGUGGCUACAAGGAGGUAGUGUCUCUCCUCUUGGAACAUGGGGGAGACCUCAAUGCAGUGGAUAAUCAGUACUGGACCCCACUUCACUUGGCAGCAAAGUAUGGCCAGACAAACCUGGUGAAACUUCUUUUGAUGCAUCAGGCAAAUCCAAACCUUCUGAACUGCAAUGAAGAGAAGGCCUCAGAUAUCGCUGCAUCUGAGUUUAUUGAGGAAAUGCUGCUGAAAGCCGAAAUUGCCUGGGAAGAAAAAAUGGAAGAGCCUUUAUCUGCGCCUACCUUAGCACAAGAGGAACCCUAUGAAGAGAUCCUUCAUGACCUGCCAGCUCUUCCCAGUAAGCUCAGUCCCCUGGUGUGGCCAAUUGCCAAGCAAGACAGUUUGUUGGAAAAAGACAUUAUGUUUAAAGAUGCAACAAAAGGCCUAUGCAAGAAACAGUCCCAGGACAGCUCUCCUGAAAGCGCCACUGUGAAUGGCCCCGCCAAGCCUGAGCAGGUCAAGCUAAUGCCUCCUGCUCCAAAUGAUGACCUAGCAACACUCAGUGAGCUCAACGAUGGCAGCCUGCUUUAUGAAAUUCAAAAGCGCUUUGGGAACAAUCAGAUAUACACUUUCAUUGGGGACAUCCUCUUACUUGUUAACCCAUUCAAGGAGCUUCCAAUUUAUUCCACCAUGGUCUCCCAGCUGUACCGGAGCAGCACGGGGCAGCCCUGCUCCUCGCUGCCACCCCACAUUUACUCCUGCGCGGAGCAGGCCUUGCACCAGCUGUUCCAGGAGCAGCGGCCCCAGUGCUUCAUUCUCAGUGGAGAAAGAGGGUCUGGAAAGACCGAAGCCAGCAAACAAAUAAUUAGGCACCUAACCUGUAGGUCGGGCACCAGCAGGCCUAUCUUUGAUUCCAAAUUCAAACACGUCUUGUGCAUUUUAGAAGCCUUUGGACAUGCUAAGACAACUCUUAAUGACCUGUCCAGUUGCUUCAUAAAGUAUUUCGAACUGCAAUUCUGCGAGAGGAAAAAACAGUUAACUGGAGGAUGUGAUGAUGUGGGCCCUGGCAAGCUGUGCUGGGGAGUUCACGAAAGGAGCAAGGCUUUGAUUGGGGAAGUGAGCUCACUAAAUUUCCAUUCUGAGGAGAGAACUUUGACUGCAAUGCGGAAAAUGGAUUGGAGGUAUUUGAACCAGACCCUGAGAGACGAUCUAUCAACAGCAGAGCAUUCCCUGAACAGGGAGAGGUUUGCUGUUUUGAAACAAGCCUUGAAUGUAGUUGGCUUCAGUAACUUGGAGGUGGAGAAUCUGCUUGUGAUUCUAGCAGCAAUAUUACACGUUGGAGACAUUCGGUUCACGUCUCUGACUGAGGAGGACUCUGCAUUUGUUUCCGACCUCCAGCUCCUAGAACAAGUGGCUGGGAUGUUACAAGUCUCAGCAGAUGAACUGGUGUCUGCUCUAACAACUGAUAUUCAAUAUUUUAAAGGGGAUAUGAUCACACGGCGGCAUACUAUAGAGAUGGCGGAAUUUUACCGGGACCUCCUGGCCAAGUCCUUGUACAGUCGUUUGUUUAGCUUCUUGGUGAAUAGCAUGAACUGUUGCCUCCACAGUCAAGAUGAGCCUAGCAGCAUGCAGCCUUUGCAUAUCGGAAUAUUGGACAUCUUUGGUUUUGAAGAAUUUCAAAAGAAUGAAUUUGAACAACUUUGUGUCAACAUGACCAAUGAGAAGAUACACCACUAUAUCAAUGAAGUGCUUUUUCUACAUGAGCAAGCAGAGUGUGUACAAGAGGGAAUUACCAUGGAAACGGCUUAUUCUCCUGGUAACCAGACUGGAGUUUUGGAUUUUUUUUUCCAGAAGCCAUCUGGAUUUCUCUCUUUAUUGGAUGAAGAAAGUCAAAUGAUUUGGUCAAUGGAAACAAAUCUUCCCAAAAAACUACAAAGUCUCCUUGAAUCCUCAAAUACAAAUGCAGUAUAUUCCCCCAUGAAGGAUGGGAAUGGGAAUGUUGCCCUCAAAGAUCAAGGCACAGCAUUCACUAUUAUGCACUACGCAGGACGGGUAAUGUAUGAAAUUGUUGGAGCAAUUGAAAAAAAUAAAGACUCCCUUUCACGGAAUCUUUCAUUUGUAAUGAAAACUAGUGAAAAUGUCGUGAUCAAUCACUUGUUCCAGUCGAAACUGUCACAAACAGGAUCCCUUCUAUCUUCCUAUCCUUCUUUUAAAUUCAGAGGACAUAAAUCUGCCCUGCUCAAUAAGAAAAUGACAGCUUCUUCAACUAUUGGAGAAAACAGGAAUUAUCUAGAACUUAGUAAGUUAUUGAAAAAGAAAGGAACUUCUACAUUUCUUCAAAGACUGGAACGAGGAGGUCCAGUCACCAUUGCAUCACAACUCAGGAAAUCUCUAACGGAUAUUAUUGGAAAACUUCAGAAGUGCACUCCACACUUUAUUCAUUGCAUCAAGCCCAAUAACUCAAAGCUGCCAGAUACCUUUGAUAAUUUUUACGUGUCUGCUCAGCUACAAUAUAUUGGGGUCCUGGCGAUGGUGAAGAUCAUUCGAUACGGAUACCCUGUUCGCCUGUCCUUCUCAGAUUGCCUGUCAAGGUAUAAGCCCUUGGUGGAGACACUCCCCGGCGAGAAGAAGAAGCUGUCUGCUGAGGAGAAAUGCCGGCUUGUUCUCCAGCAGUGUAAAUUACAAGGCUGGCAGAUGGGAGUCCGAAAAGUGUUUCUAAAAUACUGCCAUGCCAACCAGCUCAAUGAUUUGUGCCUACAGCUGCAGAGAAAAAUUAUCAUCUGUCAAAAAGUUAUAAGAGGAUUUCUGGCACGCCAGCACUUGCUUCAGAAAAGAAGCAUCAGACAGCAAGAGGUCACGUCCAUCAACAGCUUCCUGCAGAUUACAGAGGACAUGGGGCUGAAGACCUAUGAUGCCCUGGUCAUUCAGAAUGCUUCAGACAUUGCCCGUGAGAAUGACCGGCUCAGGAAUGAAAUGAAUGCUACUUACCACAAAGAGAAGUUGGAGGCCAGAGGCAAGCAAGAGGAAGGAACCAAAAGAACUGAAGACAGGAGUGGACCCAGGCAUUUCCACUGCAGCUCCGUCCCAGUCCCCAUGGCUGUGGACAGCCUGGUGCAGUCCCUGGCUGGCUCCUCCACCCGGUCUCCUUCUCUGCACUCGGUGUUCAGCCUGGAUGACAGCAGUGGCCUCCCAUCACCACGGAAACAGCCUCCGCCCAAGCCAAAGAGGGACCCUGCCACGCGGCUGAGCGCCUCCUAUGAGGCUGUGAGCGCCUGCCUGUGGGCCGCAGCCAAGGAAUCAUCGACUGAAGUGCUCACCCGGCCCAGACCGCACAGUGAUGACUACAGCACCAUGAAGAAGAUUCCUCCUCGGAAGCCAAAGCGAAGUCCCCACACCAAGCUCAGCGGCUCCUCGGAGGAGAUCUCAGGCGCCGGGCCCGGGGCGGUGGGGGUCCCGGGCCUGCGGCACAGAGCAGGGGGCCCACAGUGCGCCCUGGGGGCCAUGCUGGGGGUCCCCGCGCCCCCUGCGCCCCCUGCGCACUCUGAGGCUGAGACAGAGCCUGAGUUGGAGCCCGUCUACAUCGAGAUGGUGGGCCACGCGGGCAGCCCCGACCAGGGGGAAGCGGUGUACGAGGAGAUGAAGUACUUGGCGCCCCCAGAGGACGGGGGCGCUCAGGUGGGGGGCGCCUGGGCGGCCGUGUCACUCCCGUUACUGUGUGAGCGCCCCAGCCCCUUCACCUUGGAGGAGAGAGACACUGGCUGCCAGACACCAGGUCCCUGCAAAGACACUUGCGACAUCCCCGCCCCCUUCCCCAACCUGCUGCCUCACCGGCCCCCGCUCCUGGUGUUCCCCCCAACCCCUGUCACCUGCUCCCCAGCGUCGGAUGAAUCACCUUUGACGCCCCUGGAGGUGAAAAAGCUGCCCGUCCUGGAAACCAACCUCAAGUACCCUGUGCAGUCGGAAGGCUCCAGUCCUCUGUCGCCACAGUAUUCCAAGAGCCAAAACGGGGGUGGUGACAGGCCCCCGUCCCCCGGCCUCCCUGUGUUCAACGGGUCCCACAAAGUCUCUCCGCCUCCCACGCCGCCGCCUCCUCCCCCUGCGCCGGCUGCUGCCCACCGCCACUUCACCUUCCCACCCGAGGCCAGCGUGGUGCCCACGGGGAAGGCAGCCACAAACCCGGAUCUGCCCAAAGUGCAGCAAAAGCCAAACUCUGCUCCCGCAGCGGGUCCCUGCAGCUCUUUCUCCAAGGCUCCGCAUUCCCCCGGCAAGGCAGCAGCUAGAGUGGACCAUCGGAAGGCCAACUCCAACGCCUCCUCUCCAGUCCCCUACAGCUCCCCGAACUCCAGGCCCCUCAGCAGCCCCCUGGACGAGCUAACCAGCCUCUUUAACUCCGGGAGGAGCGUCCUUCGGAAGUCUGCAGCGGGAAGAAAAAUCAGGGAACCUGAAGGUUUUGAAACUAACAUGAACCUGACUAGCCGAGAUGAUCCCGGUACAUCAGAGAUCGCACCAGAGACUCAAGAUAGAAACGCAAACAACCAUGGAAUUCAAUUAUCUAAUUCACUCUGUAGUGCUGUCACUACUGAAAAUGGCAAUUCCGUCUCAAAUGGUUUACCUGAAGAAGAGGGAUUCUCCAGGUUGUCUGUGAGUGGGACAGCGACCUCAACAUUUCAGAGACAUAGAGAGAGUCACACCACUCAGGUAAUCCAUCAGCUGAGGCUCUCAGAGAAUGAAAGUGUGGCCCUGCAGGAGCUCCUGGACUGGAGGCGAAAGCUCUGUGAGGAAGGAGAAGACUGGCAGCAGAUUCUGCAGCACUCUGAGCCCAGAGCGCCUCCCCCACCUCCAUGCAAGAAGCCCACGCUCCUGAAGAAGCCUGCAGGGGCCCCCUGCAGCAAGCUGCCUUCCCAGUUCUGGGACACUACCAUGUGAUGUGAUCCAGCUCACAGCAUAAAACUGCCCAGUGAUUCCAGGCGGCAUCCACAGAAGGCUGCCUCUGAUACAUGCUGGGUGCUCUCUCCACGCA